GUGUUGUUGUUUCUCAGCUACUGGUGGGUUUGUUUGGGUUUAAAGAGCUGUUUGGUGAUCCGGAAAGACACGAACGCCCCAAAAAUGAGCAUCGUUCACCAAUAAGGUGGUGUGAGUACCAGCCGGCCCCGAGGUUAGGUCAGAGGUCAUGGAGGUUCGUGUUGGAAGCGUGGUGUUCAGCUCCAGGUUUGACUCUGGAAACCUGGGCCGCGUGGAGAAGGUUGACUCCUUCCCCUCCGACGCCACCUGUCCCACUUCCACAACCCUUAGCAGCACCCCCGACUACGAGUUUAAUGUCUGGACGCGCCCUGACUGUGCCGGGACAGAACACGAGAAUGGAAACAGGUCCUGGUUCUACUUCAGUGUGCGUGGUGCUUUGCCGGGGCGACUGCUGAAGGUCAAUGUAAUGAAUAUGAACAAGCAGAGUAAACUGUACAACCAGGGAAUGGCUCCUCUAGUCAAGACUGUACCUGGUAGGACACGCUGGGAGAGAGUACGGGACAGACCCACAUACGAGAUGGUGGAUAAUCAGUUCAUCCUGUCGUUUACCCAUCGUCUGUUGGAAGUGAAAGGAGCGACCACCUUCUUCUCCUUCAGUUUCCCCUUCUCCUACAGCGAGAGUCAAGACCUGCUGACACAACUGGACCAGAGAUACCCUGACACAGCCACGCUCACACCCAGGUGUGGUGACAGUGUAUACUUCCACAGGGAGGUGUUGUGUCACUCUCUGGAUGGUAACAGAGUGGAUCUGCUGACGGUCACCAGCUGUCUCGGCAUGCAGGAAGAGAGAGAACACCGCCUGGACAAACUGUUUCCUGAUGCAGAGACCCCACGACCUCAUCGCUUCACUGGCAAACAGGUGUUUUUCCUCAGUAGUCGUGUACACCCGGGGGAGACGCCGUCAUCGUUUGUCUUUAAGGGCUUUUUAAACUUCAUUCUGCGUCAUGACGACCCCAGAGCUCACACACUCCGCAACAUGUUUGUCUUCAAACUCAUCCCCAUGCUGAACCCGGACGGGGUGGUACGCGGACACUACAGGACUGACUCUAGAGGGGUGAAUCUGAACAGACAGUAUCUGAACCCUAGUCCUGAUCUCCACCCCUCCAUCUACGCUGCUAAAACACUGCUGCUCUACCACCACACACACAACCGCACCACACACACACACUCCAACACGCACAUCAACACACACUCUAACACACACACCUACAACCCACCUCAAGCACCUCCCCUCAGCACCAAACCCACCAAUCAGAGCCCUGCCCCACACCUCACCCCUUUGGAACUCAGCCUCAACCAACGGAACGCUGAUAAAGACUCUAACCCCGCCCCUUCAGAGAUUGCCAUGGUUAUGGAGGAGAUCGCCUGGGUAACCAUGGAGACCGGGAAGAGGGAGGGGCAGGGGGAUGGAAGGUGCUGUGAAGACGAGAAUGAUUCGCAGAGCGUCUCAGAGUCCACGCCCACAUCAGUACCUCUGGAGAUGUCAGUCAUAGCCGGGGAACCAAUCCCUGCGCAGGAGGGGGGAGUGGCCUAUUACGUGGACCUGCAUGGCCACGCUUCCAAACGCGGCUGCUUCAUGUACGGCAACAGCCUAUCAGACGAAAACCAGCAGGUGGAGAACAUGUUGUACCCUAAACUGAUAGCUGUGAACUCCGCCCACUUUGACUUCCAUGGUUGUAACUUCUCCGAGAAGAACAUGUACGCCCGCGACAAGAGAGACGGUCAGAGCAAAGAGGGCAGUGGACGCGUGGCCAUGCACAAAGCUAUAGGACUACUACACAGCUAUACGUUGGAGUGCAACUACAACACGGGGAGGACAGUCAACACCAUCCCUCCUGCCUGCCAUGACAACGGACGAGCCACACCCCCUCCCCCUCCUGCAUUCCCCCCCAAAUAUACCCCCGAGAUAUUCGAACAGGUGGGGCGUGCGGUUGCCAUAGCAGCCCUGGACAUGGCUGACUGCAACCCGUGGCCACGCCUCGUCCUUUCAGAACACAGCAGCUUGACCAACCUCCGCGCCUGGACUCUCAAACACGUCCGCAACAGCAAGGGCCUCAACACACACGCACAGCCACGGACACACACGAGCGGGAACAAGGGCCUCAACACACACGUACAGCCACGGACACACACCAGCGGGAACAAGGGCCUCAACACACACGCACAGCCACGGACACACACCAGUGGGAACAAGGCAUCACCACCCAAGAGCUUCAAUACGUCUCUGACCAGUUCUGCAUCCGACACGUCUCUGAGUCAGGUUCGUUGUAACAGGCACAGCAGUAGCAGCCAGACACCGUCUCCUCAGAUACACACCUCGCCGAGCCUCACCUUCGGUUCCACGCACAACACAUACACACAACGCGGGGGGAGCAAGGCACUCGGACCUGUCAGAGACGCUACAACUCAGGAGAAGAGACGCACCCCCCACCACCACCGCUCCGUCCUCCGCUCGUCUCCUAGCAACAGCCACCCCCCCACCCCAGCCCGGCCCCCGUCAUCCCCCACCUCCUCCUCUUCCUCCUCCUCGUCCUCCUCGGUGGCGUCCUGUCCUCUCCCAGGUCUGUACUCCCUCCAGACUCCAAGCCUGUCCGCCUUGCUGCCCUCCCUGCAGGCCAUGCCCUCGAUGCCCCGGCCUGGGCUGCUCGCCAAACUGAGCCCCCUGCUCCAGGCCGGCCUAGGCUCGCCGCUGGCUUCCCUCAUCUCAGACACUACUACUACUACAGCACAGAUUGGGCACAACCAGGACUCAUACUGAGAGACAGGGAGGGAGGGAGAAUGUGUGUUUGGUGCUAGCCUAAAACUUCUACUUUAAAUUCCUCUGGUUUUUGUGGACCUCAGCUCUGUCUGUCCUUCUAUUAUUCACCAUAAAGUAGCAAGUAAAUAUAUGUACAGUGCCUUCAGAAGGUAUUCACACCACUUGACUUAUUCCACAUUUUGAUGUUUCAAAGUGGCAUUAAAAUAUAUAUAUAUAUAUUUUAAAUCUAUUAUCUACACAAAAUAAUCUGUAAUGUCAAAUUGGAAGAAAAACAUUUUGUAAAAACAAAUAUGAAAAAUAAAACGCAUAUAUAUCUUCAUUAUAUAAGUGUUCAACCUUCUGAGUCAUGUUAGAAGCACCUUUGUCAGAGAUUCCAUCUGGGUAAGUGUCUCAGAGCUUUCCACACCUGGAUUGGAUAACAUUUGCCCAUUAUUCUUUUCAAACUCUUCAAGCUCUGUUAAAUUGGUUGUUGAUCGUUG